AUGGCCAUCCUUGCGACAUUCUUCCGCUCUUUUGAGGGCGUCAUACUCAGUAUAACAGCCAUCCACAUAGUCCUCACUACUUUGUCGAACUGGGUAUGUCGACCCGCUACUCCUACACCAGAAGAGCUUAUACGAUCAAGACGCGAAAACCAUACCGCCGUUCGAUCGGCCGUGAACAGAGUUGUUGAAGCUGCUCCCCGGGCAGCCGCUGGCAAGCACCCCUGCCAUAAGCCUUGUCACAGCUGGUGGUGGUAUGCUAUGGCCUUAUGGCCAGCCCCUAGUGACCGUCUCUGCCGUAAACCUCGUCGCAAAUGGUGGUGGUACAUUGUGGCCCUGUGGCCAGCUCGUGAUGACCCAAAUCGGUGGUUCAUUCUGAUCACGGCCUUGUCCAUUAGUAUACUCACUUUCAUUUUCUUCUUGCGAGAGAUAUUCCCCGACAUUUAUCAGGGUCAUGUUCGAUUCUUUACGGUCCUCUCGUUUCUGGCACUCGAAGUCGGACGUGCCGCUUACUUCUACCAUCUCUUGAAAGACUGUUCUGUUCUGAUUCAAGAAGUAUGCAUUGGUCUCAUGGGUCAUGUCACUGGUGGCUUCUGCCGCCUCGGCAGUCUAUUCGCCGUCCCUCCGAUGAAACAUUGA